GACGCGUAAACCAACGUCAGCCAAAUAUCCAUGAUACUAGCGAUUAACACAUUAGCUAAACUCACCCUAAAAACGAAUAAUUGUUUGUUUUGUAAGCCAAGUUAACUCUUUACCUUUCACCUGUCCACUAGACAGGCCGAUUCAAUGCAUUACAGAGAUCCUAAAACGUUGCGGAGAUGGACGCAUACGAUUUGUUUACAAGUUGCAGAAAGGGCGACAUUUGGAGAGUCAGGUACCUUGUUGAACAAAGAGAUGUGGAACUCAAUGUAAGGGAUAAAUGGGACAGCACCCCACUGUACUAUGCCUGUCUCUGUGGCCAUGAGGAACUAGUCCAGUACAUGUUGGCUAAUGGAGCAAAGUGUGAAGCCAACACGUUUGAUGGUGAGAGGUGUAUGUAUGGCUCUCUGAAUGACUCCAUACGACGUCUGCUCAAGGAGUACAAGUGUAUCACAGCCAAAACCAUGCAGCGGGACUAUUAUGACCACUUUCUAAACAUGCUGCUGGAGCAAGGUCAGUUCAGUGAUGUCACGUUCCUGGUUCAUGGUGAGACGUUCCAUGCUCACCGCUGUGUGCUCAGUGCCCGCUCGGAGUACUUCUCUGCCAUGUUUGAGACCAAAUGGAACGGGAAGAACAUGAUCGCCCUCAAACAUCCACUGAUUAACCCGGCAGCAUUUGGGGCCAUCCUGCAAUAUAUUUACACAGGACGUAUGGAUAUUGAUGUGAGCCAUGUUGAGGACUGCAAACGACUGGCCAAGCAGUGCAAAAUGGUAGACCUUAUUGACGAACUGGAGAGCAAAUGCAAACAGGUUUAUGGGUUUGUGUCCAAUAAGCCUGGAACCUGUGUGAAGGUGCUCACUCUGGAGCCCCAGAACUGCCAGCUUCAGGGGGAAAUGGCUCUGCUGGCAGACUGUGCUGUCCCGUCAGAGCUCAGAGUUGGAUUCGGUGAGCUUCCCUUUAACAGAAUCGACAACUUCCCUGAUUAUGCCGACAUAUGCUUUCGGGUUGAAAGUUUUAAUUUCCUGUGUCAUAAGGCUUUUUUCUGUGGACGUAGUGACUAUUUCAAAGCCUUGCUGGAGGACCACUUCAGUGAGGGAGAAAUGAUGCAAUCCCAGCCCAGCACCCCAGUUCUCACACUCCACAACAUCCCCCACAACAUCUUUAUCUGCCUCCUCUACUACAUCUACAGCGAUGACACAGAUCUGACUACAGAGAAUGUGUAUGAUGUGCUGUGUGUGGCUGACAUGUACCUGCUCCCGGGCCUGAAGCGCCUGUGUGGUAAGACCCUGGCCCAGACACUUUGUGAGGACAACGUAGUGUACAUAUGGAAAACAUCCAGGCUCUUCCGCCUGUCACGUCUGGAGGACCAGUGUACAGAAUACAUGGCCAAGAUCAUAGAAAAGUUGGUUGAACAGGUCGAGUUUGCUGAGAUCAUCAAAGAGGAUGCUGGGGCGGUAGAGGACAGACACGAGACAGACUCCAUCCCUCUGGUGGAUGACAUCCGCUUCCACAUCGCCAGCAACGUCCAGACCUUCAGCGCCAUCGAAGAGGCUAACCAGAAACUGGACGCCCUGGAGAGUCUUCUGUCCAGCAUCGGGCUGGAGUGCUAAAGGGGAAGGACCUGGUGAUUGUGGGGCUUCCAGCAGGCUAAGAUGGCUGAAACAGAGAUUUAUGUGCAUUGGAUCCCAGUGUGGAAGAAGAAAGGCUUUAUUAAGUGUUUUCUAUUAAGUGUUGCUUGUAUUGUGAAAGGGAGUUACAUAGAAAUAUAAUACAAAAGAAAUCUUGAUAGAUAAAACUGCAGAUUUGGUAGUUGUAGUAUAUUUAAUAUACCAAUUUUGCGGAAGUAUGUGGAAAACUCUUGCCACAAAAGGCACUUCUGAGGUAGCAUCUUAUUUAAUUAAUUUGGCAGAAUAUGAGUGUCAUAUCAUCAAAAACAUUAUUUAUAGUUUUAAAUGCAUGCUAAUGUUUUUAUAAAGUACCCAUAUAAUACACAUUGUAUAAUUUAAAAUAUAUGUAUUAAGGUAUGCUAUAUCAUAAAUACAUGUAUUCUGUAUUGUAUGGAUAAUAUAUAGCUACAUUGCAGAAUAUCAUUUUGAUUUAAAAUUCAAAUAAAGCAGCCUUCCUCUAUUGGUUGUAAUGUAUGAGAAAGCCAAUGAUAAGUAAUUUUUUAAAUGUCAAAACGAAAAUAAUCCACGUGAGAAAUGUUCCUUUGCGUUUCAAAAAUGUAUAUGAAUGUGCUUAAGUGCUUUCAGAAUGAGGAUACCCUCAAUGAGCUCCUAUCUGGAAUAUCUUAACAUAACUUGAGUACACAAAACUGAUGUAAUUUGUAAUCUAUACUCAACAUGGUUACAGGGUCAUCUCUGUUGAGAACAACAGGGAAACCCGGAGGUUUUACCCAAAACAAGA